CACAAAACUGAGAAUUUAAGAUGUAAACAUUGUUGUGGGUUAUGCAUAAUUAUCCAAAAAUCUUUUUUACGCAUUCAUAAUGAAUUCCCUUUUCCCUGUAAAUCAUAAAACAAUAUUUGUUCUUGAUCACACACCGUACUUUGGAAUAUCUUCAGAAUACCCAAUAGAUUUUGAUGUAUCGAAAGGCCGAGGUACCGGUCAGGUUCCUUUACCUCCAAUCUGUAAAUCGUUGUGGACUUGCAGUGUGGAAGCUGCGGUAGAGUACUGUCGUAUAGUGUGGGAUUUAUUCCCUGAAAGCAAAUUAGUGAAAUUUGUAGUGAGUGAUUCUGUAGCGCAUAUAUUAAACACUUGGGCGGCAUUACAACAAAAUUUAACUCAUGUCCUAAAUGGGUUGUGUCUUGUUGGACCAGUACGUCGUGGUGCUGGAGGAGAUGUUGUCGGACUCUGUGCAGCCAUUGAAGCAUUGGGUGAAGCAUCACCAGAGCAGAUAUCACGCACAUCGACUGAUAGACAUUUUCAAAAUAGAGGACGGAUAAUAUGUAUUACAAGUGCAAGAGAUGAUGAUUCAAUAAGGAGCUUAGCAGAAAUAGCUUUAAACACUUUGAUUCAACAAAACAAAAAAGCUUCCAUAGUCCAACCAAACAGUAGUAGAGAUUCUCCUAAUGCAACACCUCAAUUAUUAGUAACACAUUACUGCCAUCUAAUCAUCAUAAAUGUCACACCAGAGAAAGCUGAAACCAGAGUUAACAAUCAACAGCUCACAGAGAUGGGCGGUGGUCUGAUGGGCGUCGAAGUAAUAGUAUCACGAGCUAGCGCAUUAGCUAGCUUGUUGGGUCGUCUGGUACUACCGCAUUACAAAUUAUCAACUACCACAGUUACUGGAAUUCCCAUGAAGGAAGAACAAAACGCUAGUUCCAGUGCUAAUUAUGAUGUAGAAAUUGUCCAUUCCAUCGAUGCUCAUGCUGGCUUGCGAGCUUCACAAACUGCUGCCGAAGCCGCUGAGUCUGUGGUGCUACGUUGGUGGACGCCGCGCGGCGCGGAGGGGGGCGCGGGUGGUUGCACGGGUCCGCUGUGGCGCGUCACGCCCGCCGACGUCGCCAGCCGCCCCUCCGCCUGUCUCGUCAACUUCCUGCUCAACGGGCGGUCGGUCACGCUCGAAGUGCCCAGGAAAGGUGGGGGUAGAUCAGCGUCGCACGUGCUGGCGGCCCAGGGGGGCGAGCUGUGGAUCGGCGCCCUGGGGGGUCGGACCACGUACGACGAUCCCCCCGCGCUCUCCGAGGGGGCCGGUGGACGCGUCACAGACUACAGAAUAAAAGAAUUUGGUGCACUGAUGCAGCAAAAUAAGCUGCACCCACUCCGCGGGGCGGGGUCCAACGCACGGGCGCGAUCUCGGCUGCAAAGGCACACGACAUAUUGGCCCCUGACGAUAUCCUCAACGCUUAUAUUCAAUUUAGGAUCAGUGAUGGAACCGUUAACGAGGUUGGUCGUGCAAGAAUCACUAACCGACGAAGAGGUGGAUCAGUGUCGUAGCGUCCUGCUGUCGCUUUUAAGUAUGGAAUCUCGACAUGAAUUCCCGGCCGCGCAGCUGCCUUCGAAUCUUAGGGGCAAAUCGAGCGGUCGUCGCGAAGAACAAUGGCGUCAAGUUUGGGGUGAAUUGGAAGCGUUAUUACGAGCGUAUUCGAACUCCUCCGCUCAUAGAACGCUACUGAGAGUCCUGCUAGAAUGUCGGGCACACAAUAACCACGGCGCAGACGGUGAAUCUCGAGCAACGGUGAUCCGAGCGACCACCGACUCCCCGCUGUCGCCGGUGGGCGCAGGUAAUGGCAGCGCCAGUAGUGCAAGUGGAGACGUCUGGGCUCCCAGGAACGUUCUGGACGCGUUACUGGGGGCGCCGCGUCCCGCGCGCAGACUCGACUUCGCCGGCAGGAUGGCGGCCGGAAACAGGGUGGCCAUCUUGUACCCGCAGCUGCAGCAGGACGUGGAAACCCAACACUGAUUGUGCGCGGCAAAAAGUGACGAAAGUUACCAAGAAAAGUAAUUGGAAUCUGAACCUUAUGAUGAAACAUUAUAAGUUCCAUUUUGUACGUUGUGAAUGUUGAUGACGAUGUUUUUUUUUUACUUGUUUUGUAUGAGUUCAUAGAUAGACGUACAGUAAUAAAGUGUUAUAUUCACUAGAAAUAAUUAUAUUUGCAAAAACUGUUAUCCUUUUUUUUUCAUUUGAAGCUCAGAGGGAGGACCUGAAUUUUAAGUUUAAAGGAUAAUGCCCAAAUGUGGGCCAACUUUGUGUCAAAAUUAUUUGUACUUGAAAAACUAUGCCUUAUUUUUUCACGUUGUUUAGUUUAUGUAUCAACAUUUCUUUCACCCUGGCAUUGUUUUACAAAAAAAUAAAUUACUUAUAAUAUGAUAAGAUCCGAAAACUUCCAAAAGUACUUCCAUUCAUAGUUUUUAAAUUCGCCAAUAGGCAGACAAAGGGCUUAGCCCAUACAGCCUUAUAGUAAACCUAAAUGCUGCCAA